CCCAUCAGUGCUGCCUUUCAGUGCCCAUAAUUGCCACCUGUCAGUGCCCAUCAAUGCCACAUACCAGUGCCCAACAGUGCACAUCAAUGCCAUAUACCUGUGUCCAUCAGUGCACAUUAAUGCCACAUAUCAGUGCCCAUCAGAGCUGCCUUUCAGUGCCAACUAUCAGCGCCAUCAGUGCCCCUUUCAGUGUCCAUCAGUGCUGCCUAACAGUUCCAAUCAAUGCUGCCUAUCAGUGCCAGUCAGUG